CGGGGGGAUGGGCUGGGAUGCCCCGAUGAUCGGGGACCCCCCGCGGGGACGGGACGCCCCGGAGACGAGCAGCCGCUGGGGGUCGCGGGCGAGCGGCGCAGCAGCCGCCAGCCCCCCGGGCCCGGCGGAAGGCGGAACCGGCUCCGUGCCCGGGCGGGCGGCUCCGGCAGCAGCGGCGGCGGGGCGAGGAGGUGUCCAGGGCAGAAACCGCCCCGGCGCGUCCCCUCCUCCCCGCCUGCCUCCCUCCCGCGGCGGCGCGGCCCGCCGGAGGCGUUCACCUUGCGCGGGGCGAGCGGGGCCGCAUGGAGCAGCCCGGGCGCGCCGCCCGCCUCGCCAGCGCCCCCCGCCCCGCGCCAUGAAGCUGGCUUAGCCGCGGCGGAGCCCACCGGAGCCCCGCACCGCUCGCCCGCCGCCCCCAUGGCGAAGGAGAGGAGCAGGAAGGCGCUGCUGGAGCUGCUCCAGCGGCCGGGCAACGCGGCGUGCGCCGACUGCGCCGCCCCGGACCCGGACUGGGCAUCCCACAGCCUAGGGAUCUUCAUCUGCUUGAAUUGUUCAGGAAUCCAUCGCAAUAUUCCCCAAGUCAGCAAAGUGAAGUCAGUCCGUCUGGAUGACUGGGAUGAUGCUCAAGUGGAGUUUAUGGCUUCAAAUGGAAACAAUGUAGCAAAAGCAAAAUAUGAAUCUAAAAUGCCACCAUUUUAUUACAAGCCAACGUUUCUUGACUGUCAACUGCUGCGGGAACAGUGGAUCAGAGCCAAAUACGAACGGAAAGAGUUCAUUCACAGCGAGAAGCAGGAGCCUUACUCUGCAGGGUACCGAGAAGGAUUUCUGUGGAAGAGAGGACGUGACAACGGGCAAUUCUUAAGCCGAAAAUUCGUGUUAUCGGAGAGGGAAGGAGCACUGAAGUACUUCAACAAAAAUGACGCAAAAGAACCCAAAGCAAUUAUGAAGAUUGAACAUCUAAAUGCGACUUUCCAGCCUGCAAAAAUUGGAAACCCACACGGACUGCAGAUCACUUACUUGAAGGACAAUAGCACAAGGAACAUCUUUGUCUAUCAUGAAGAUGGCAAGGAAAUAGUGGAUUGGUUCAACGCCAUCCGGGCAGCACGUUUUCAUUACUUACAAGUGGCAUUCCCUGGAGCCAGCGAUGUUGAUCUGGUGCCAAAGCUUUCUAGAAACUACCUGAAGGAAGGGUACAUGGAGAAAACAGGGCCAAAGCAAACGGAGGGAUUCAAAAAGCGAUGGUUCACCAUGGAUGACCGACGGCUCAUGUAUUUCAAAGAUCCCCUGGAUGCCUUUGCUAGAGGGGAAGUUUUUAUUGGGAGCAAGGAAAACAGCUACAAGGUCCUGGAAGGGCUCCCGCCGUCCACACAGGGAAACCACUGGCAGCAUGGGAUAACCAUCGUCACCCCAGAUCGGAAAUUCCUCUUCGCCUGUGAGACGGAGGACGACCAGCUGGAGUGGAUUACGACUUUUCAGAAGGUUAUAAGCCGGCCGAUGCUGCCUCAGGAAUACGCAGUGGAAGCCCAUUUCAAACAUAAACCUUAGCUGGGACUGGCUGGGCAGACCUGAGGAGUGAGCUUCUGUUUACAACACAAUGUGGUUUUAUUUGAAAUGUUAAAAAUAAUGAAUAAUAAUAACAGUAAUAAUAAUGAUAAUACUUCCCUUUCCCCUCAUCAUUCACUUGAUCAUGUCGGAAAUCAAGAAGGGCAACAGCGAAACGUUGGAGAAGAUGCUGAUCCAACCUGAAAUCCAGCUCUGUGGCCGCUCCAACGCACUGCUGGGAUGGGUGGUCCCUGCAAACCCCAUCACCCCACAGCUGCUGAAAGGGUCUCCCACCCGCCUUCGGCGGGGUGGCGAAGACUGUUGGUGGCGUGUCUCAUGGGGAGAUGGGGCUUCCCCCCACAAGCUGGCCCCUGUGCACUGGAGCUGAGGGUCCUCACAGCCCCGGCUCCCCACCAGCCCUUUCCCAGCAGCGCUGCAAGUCCCUGAGCUGCGACGUCCUUGUGGGAUGUGAAGCACCGACGUGGAAACACCCAAAAUGGUGAUGUGCGAAAUGGCUGAGCCUCCUGAUGGCAUCGGAGUAAAUGAUAAGUCAAUUACCUCACCUGGGGAGCGGUGGUGAUGCUGUACCCAGGCCAGGGACAAACGGGAUUUAGAACUAGAGGAAAGCAGCAUCGUUGGCCUUGUCAGCCUCGUUAUCUGCCUAAGGAAGGGCAUGGAGGAGGGGUGCUCAGUACAGGGGGAGCAGCGUUGCCCCCACACCCCCCAGCCCUGGGGCCCUGCGAGGGGAAGGGGGACAGGGAGCCAUGAGGCGAUGCCAGGGGAGGAAAGCUCUUGGGGUCGGGGCCUGCACCCCAUCACUGCCCCGCUGUGCCCAUGCUCAUGUUCCUGGCUCAUGGCUCAGGGGGGUUCAGCCUAUUUUGGGAGCCGGGUGUGGGUUUGCGGGGGAGGGUGUGUGUUGAGUUUUCGGUGCAGUUUUGCUGACAGGCACCAUAAAAGGCCACCCUGGGCGCAGCCCUCGGGCCGGUGGCAGGUUACUUCUCCAAACCAGUGGUUGCACUUUUUCUUUUUUUUUUUUUUUGAUUCUCCUAAUUUUUUAUGUUGAUUUCCCGCCCCGCCCCCCCCCCCCAAAAAAAAAAAAAAAAAAAGAAAAAAAAAGCUGCUUGAAGUGAUGUUUCAGCGCUGUGUUGAGCACUGUAAUUCCUGCGGUCGGGGCGGGUGGGCUGGGACCUGCACACCAUGUGCUUGAUUUUUAUUAAAAAAUGAAAUUUGCAGCGUCUGCUCAAGUACCAGCCCCAGACACUGACCUGUCCAACGCGUUUCUUACGUUGGUGUGUGUAAAUGAGAGCAUCUCGUCAGCUGUAUGCAUUCGUUCUGUCACUGGUAAGACAACUGUGGUAUUAAAUGUCAUUCGAACCAAUAAAUUAUUAUGUCAGA